GCCUCGCUGCCACGGUCAACUCCUCCUUGCUUGCCUCCCCCACGUCUCCGUGCCGCCCAGAGCCAGAAGCAUUCCCUCAAACACCUCGCGGGCGCCUCUGACCCCGCCUCCCUCCAUGGCCGCGCCCUAGAGACCAGAUUGUCGCAGCCGCUUCGGUGCUCCGGCUCCACCCAUGCCGCAGUGCCGCCUCCUCCUGGCCGCCGUGGUCCUUUUAGGGGCUGUGGUGGCCGCCGUGGCGCAGCAGCCGCUCGCGUCGCCGUCGGACCUGGCGGGGCUGUACAGCCUGCGGGCGUCGCUGGGUUUGCGGGCGCGGGAGUGGCCCGCGAGGGCCGACCCGUGCACGGCCUGGGCGGGGGUCAUGUGCCGCGCCGGCCGCGUCGUGGGUGUCAGCGUCGCGGGGUUCCGCCGCACCCGCCUCGCGAGCCGCGCGCCGGCGUUCGCGGUCGACGGGCUGCGGAACCUCACAGCGCUCGAGCUCUUCAACGCCUCCGGUUUCCCGCUCCCCGGCGAGGUGCCCGCGUGGUUCAGCCGCGGCCUCCCGCCGCCGCUCGCCGUGCUCGACCUCCGCUACGCCGCAGUCAAUGGCAUGCUCCCGCCCGAUCUCGGCUCAUCGGGGAAUCUGACUAGGCUGCUCCUCUCCGGGAACAGUCUCUCGGGCCAGGUUCCGGAAACGCUGCUCUCCGUCAAAGGCCUUCGCGUUCUUGACCUCUCCACCAACAAUUUCACCGGGGAGCUACCCAGCGUCUCGGUCGGCGCCGGUGAUGUAGCGGCAUCGUUGUUUAACAUUUCAGGGAAUUCUCUGUAUGGUGUGGCCACUGAUGCCAUUGGGGCACUCAAGACGAGAUUCCGGCUGGUGGACGUGUCAAGCAACUACCUCGAUGGAGAUUGGAAUGGAUCCGAUGCAACGGUGGAUGUUAGCGUGAAUUGCUUCUCUGGUGUCCCUGGUCAGCGCCGUCGUGUUGAUUGUGAAGACUUCUAUAGGAGGGAAGGGGUGAGACUUGUUGAUAGUCCAGUGCCUGCACCUUUGCCUCAGCCAUCACCAGAGAAGAGCCGUGGGAUCUCCAAAAAUGUACUUAUUGGGGUUCUUGCAGCCGCGGCAGCAUUGAUGGUUAUGUUUUUGGUUGCAUUGCUUUUCUGUUUGAUGAGGAGGAGACAAAGAGGAGGUGGGAGAGGGGCGGAAACAAAUGAGGAAGGUGCACGCGGCAUGCGUAGGAGGGACAGCAGCGUAAAUCCUGUGGCCUCAUCACCGGUAGCAGUGUCCCCGAGAGCCGAUGCUACUCCUAAGGAUGCGAUUGCCGUUUUUGGUGAGUUGACCUAUGAGCAAUUGAUCCAUGCCACCGGGGGCUUUGGUGAUGACAACCUCCUCAAGCAUGGGCAUUCGGGGGAUAUUUACCAUGGUGUGUUGGAGAAUGGCGCACAUGUCAUCGUCAAGAAGAUUGGUACAAAGAGUAUCAACAAAGUUUCAAGCGAAUUGGACUUCUAUUCGAGGUACUCACAUGAGAGGAUUGUUCCGUUGCUCGGCCAUCUGGCCAACAAUGACGAAGAAUUUCUGUCCUACAAGUAUAUGCCAAAGGCGGACUUGACCAGCGCAUUGCACAAGAAACCUGUGGACACUGAAGAUGGCUUGCACUCAUUGGAUUGGAUAACUAGACUGAAGAUCGCCACUGGUGUAGCUGAGGCCAUGUGCUUCCUUCAUGACGAGUGCAGCCCACCAUUCGUUCACAGAGAUAUCCAAGCAAGCAGUGUGCUUCUUGAUGAUAAAUUUGAAGUGCGACUCGGAAGUAUGAGUAACAUAUGCGCUCAGCAAAGUGCAGGAAGCCAGAAUGUUUUCUCUCGGAUCUUGAGAUCAUCAAAGUCUCUUGACAAGAACAUAUCAGGCCCACCAGCAACUUGUUCAUACGAUGUUUACUGCUUUGGGAAGGUGAUCCUUGAGCUAGUAACAGGCAAUUUUGGUGUAAGUGGAUCAAAUGAUGCUGGCUCCGAGGAGUGGCUGACGAACACAAUAAAUCGCAUUAGCAUCAGUGACAAGGAUAGCAUUAUUAAUAUAAUUGAUCCUUUACUUGUCGUUGAUGAGGACCAUCUUGAAGAAGUAUGGGCAGUGGCGAUUGUCGCAAAGACGUGCCUAAACUCAAAGCCGUCAAGGCGCCCCUCUGCUCGCUACGUCUUGAAAGCCCUGGAGAAUCCACUGAGGGUGGUCCGAGCGGGUUCCCGGUCCAACUCCGCAAGGCUCAGGAGCUCGUCAUCCCGGAGCUCAUGGCAGUCUGCUUUUCUUCAGGGCAAUCGUUACCAGAACUACGAGGUCAUGUCGCCAUCAGGGCGAAUGCUUGAUGGCAGAGGCUCAGUUCGGUCGCAUAUUAGUGGGGGAGAAGCUUCCUCGUCCUUCAAGAGAUCUUUGCGGGAGAUAGCUCCUGACCCGCAAGUGCUGGACGAGGACGUCGCUGUGUAGAGAAAAGAGAAGAUUUUAUCCGGAAUUUCUUUCAGGAGCUGGUGAUUCUUGCUUACCUGUGUAUAAUUGUCAUCGGAUGUGCAUGGCUUCGGUUCCUCAAGGUCAGAAGUGUGCAUAAAGAGAGGCUAAGUUGUGGGUUUUCCUUCAUUGGCACAUGGAGAUGGUACAUGAUGUUUGCAGAGUGCACAUAGAGCAACAACAUUCAGUAUGACACAAUUAAUUUCUUUUCACCAAAUCACAUUGAUUUUUGACAUAAUCUGUACUAGUUAGUUGGAUUAAUUUGAGACUUGUUCUGGGAGAAGGUUGAAAAAAUAA